GGAAGCGGAGAGGAGGAGGAAGAGGAGGAGGAAGAGGGGAGGGGCAGCUGGGUGCGCAGAGCCCUGAAGGCUUGCUCCCCGCGCACAGCAGCAACAGGCGUUGAGGGCCAGCGCUCCCUCUGUCCCCCGGGUCCCAGAGACCGCCCAGCUCCACUCCACACUCAUCUGUCCACUCUCCGCCCUCAUGGCUUCUCCGGAUGACCCUGGGCACACAGAUCACAUGGCGAAGGAGCCAGUGGAGGACACAGACCCCAGCACUUUGUCCUUUGCCAUGUCAGACAAGUAUCCCAUUCAAGACACCGAGCUCCCUAAACCCAAGGAGUGUGACACAGUCACUUCAAGCUGUCCACAAAAUUCUGAUGAGCAACGUCAGCACCCGGGAGAAGAAAAGGAUUUCCCCGACAGCGCUAGAGAUCCUCAUUCAGGAGUCAGCCGAGACCAGCCCUGUAAGGUAGGCUGCACUUGCUCUUCCUGCUUACUCCGGGCCCCCACCAUCAGUGACUUGCUCAACGAUCAGGAUUUACUAGAUGUGAUCAGGAUAAAGCUGGAUCCCUGUCACCCUACCGUGAAGAACUGGAGGAAUUUUGCCAGCAAAUGGGGCAUGCCCUAUGACGAACUGUGCUUCCUGGAGCAGAGGCCACAGAGCCCCACUCUGGAGUUCUUAUUUCGCAACAGCCAGAGGACUGUGGGCCAGCUGAUGGAGCUCUGCAGGCUCUACCAUAGGGCCGAUGUGGAAAAGGUGCUGCGCAGGUGGGUGGAUGAGGAAUGGCCCCGGCGGGGGCACUCAGACCGCUCCAUGCAUUUCUAGAGCCCCAUUCUGGCACUGACCAGCAUGGGCAGAGUAUGCAACUGCCCUUACGAUUUUCAAAUGAGGACAUGGGAUGGGCAGUGAUUGUCCUGAAGCCAGUGGCUUAUGGACGGAUGGAUUCUGUUUUGGUGGAAGGUAUUUGUUUCCUUUUGCACAUUUAAUUUAAUAUUUGAACCUGGAAUUUGGAAAGUAUUUUAUAGACUUACGCAGGGGCUGAAGCCUAAGGUUGGGUUUUUGUUUCAUUUUGUUUUGUCUCUUCAUGGCCCCUGCUAGCCUGGAACUCGCUAUGUAGACCAGGCCAGCCUUGAUCUCACAGAGAUCUGCCUGCCUCUGCCUCCCGAGUGCUGGGACUAAAGGCAUGCGCCACCACACCUGGCAUGAAGCCUAUAGUUGGAAUAGAAUCAUGCCAGGCUGGAAAUAAAGCGACCCUCUCCUUAAGUACUGCUGAAGACUGCAGUGGGAUCCAGACUGUGGAUGACUCUGGUCAUGUCUACAUCAUCCCGUGCAGGACCCUUCAAGACCAGCACAUUCCUGGCUUUGAGGAAGCUGGCGUAGAGGAGUCACCCUGGUCUGUCCACUGUUGCUUUAUAAAGUGCUUAGAUUUGUGGGAUGCUGUGUGUGGCCCGAAAACAAAUGCCACGUUUUUUAUCCAAGUGCCUUUGUAAUCUAUGGUCAAUUUAUGCUGUCAUUUGCUUUAGUAUCAUUUUUAAAAGAAACAUCAAAUUUGAUGGUUGCUAGGAGGGCAGAGUGGGUUAGUACACACCAUGGUCACGGCAGUGGCAAAGGGCAGUUCUCAAAGUGCCUUUGUGGGGCUGGAGAGCUGGCUCAGUGGAAAGUGCUUGUUGUGCAAGCAUGAGGAGUUUGGACCCCCAGAACCUCAUUAAGGAAUGCUGGGUGGGUAUGGUGUCCAACCUGUAAUUCCAGCACUCAAAGGGCAGAGACAGGUUCCCCAGAGCCAGUGGCUAGCUAGACUAACCAAACUGGUGAGCGCUGGGGUCGGGAUAGAGACUGCCUCGAUGAACAACGUGGAGAGUGGUCAAGGAAGUCCCUCAACAUCAACUUUGGGACUCUACAUGUACACGUACACCUACACACACAUAUGCAACCACACACAUGCAAACAUGCAUAUGUAUACACAGGCACACACAUGCUAAAAAAAUCAAUACCCUUUUGUGAGGCUGGAGAGAUGGCUCUGGGUAAAGUACUGGCUGUCAAACCAUGAGGAUCUUAGUUCAAUCACCAGCGCCCACAUAAAAGCCAGGCAUGGUCACACAUGCCUACAAUCCCAGUACUUGGAAGUCAGAUUCAGGUGCUCUCUGGCCAGCCAGUCUAAUCAAAUUGGCAAGCU